GUUAUCCAUUUUCAAACUUUGGCAGCAAUCACAGGCAUUUUCCUACCUAAAGGAAACAUUCAAUAAUAAGAAGAAUUUAAACAUUACUUUGGGCCUUUGCCAAAGAUUGGGGAGUGAAUUGAACUGGUGAGGCUGAGGCUUUAUGGUGUGCCUCUUGGAUGAGACUACAAGCCACCAGGACCCCCAAGUGUCAGGAAAUGCUUCUUCAGUUCUCAGGUUGCUCUUUCCCCUCCUCGUUUUCCAUCUGGCCCUCCAGAUGUCACCCUGUUUAGAAGCUGAUAGGUCAGAAGACAACUUGAAAAAAUAUUUAUACCACAGCUUGCAAAGCAGUUUGUCCAUUUCCGGAGUGUGUGUGUGUAUGUGUGUGUGUGUGUGAUUGUGUAAAAUGCACAGACAAUAAUUCCAAUGAAUUAAAUCCAGAUUCUGGAUAGCAGUGGUGGAAAGUAACUAAGUACGUUUACUCAAGUACUGUACUUAAGUACAAUCCAUUUUCUGCUACUUUAUACUUCUAUUCCACUACAAAUGGAAAUAUUGUAGUUUUUACUCCACUACAUGUAUUUAACAGCUAUAGUUAUUAGUUAAUCUUAAGAUUAUAGAUUAAAAAACACAUGAUAAAGUUAUAAAAUACAAUUAUAUGUAUUAAACCAAAGAUUUGAAGAUUAAACCAGUGGUCCCCGACCUUUUUGGCUUGUGACACCUUACAGAUAAAUAUGCGAGUAAGCAGUUCCACCAAAGAGACAUAUGCUCUUUAGACUACACAAAUAGUUUAAUUUAAAUAACUGUUUGGGGAACAAAGAGGUAAAAUUAUCAAAUAUUUCACAACAAAAACAGCAAAGAUUAGGGACAAGCCAAAAAAUUUGAUUUUUCUUCUUUCCUCUCCCUCCCAUUAAUUAUCUCACAGACCCCUCAGAUUUAUGUUGUGACCCUUUGGAGUGGCCCUACCCCAAGUUUGGGAACCACUUGACUAAACUACCUAACUAUAUAUAAAUCAGAAGCUAGUAAACUGGCUCCACCUCGACCAAUAAUAAUUAUAUGUGAUAACAUAUAUGUCACAUGGGCCAUUUUUUCUGCAGAAUGAGUACUUUUACUUUUGAUACUUUAAAUACAUGUUUCUUAUAAUACUUCUGUACUUUCACUCAAGUAGGAUUUUAAAUGCAGGCCUUUUACUUGGAAUUGAGUAUUUUGACAUUGUUGUAUUGGUACUUUGACCUCAGUAAAGGAUAUUCUCCCACCACUGCUGGAUACAUAAAACCAUUGUAGGCUCAUCUUAAAUGCUUAACAUCAUGUGAUUAUUUCUUUGAUUAGGACCAUUAUGGUACCACCAACUGAAGACGAAAAUCACGUGGUCACUUUCUCCACUUUCAGCACGCGGCGAAAUGAACGUGCUGUGCGCUCUUGUCAGAGAAGAGAUAAGGUGUCGGUAAUGCGCAGAGUUAUGGAAACAACUUCUGUAAUCCUUGAUCACGUGACUCAUAGUAAUAAUCGCUCAUAAUGAAGACAGACGUCUGUCGUGGUGAGACAGAGGCAGAGAAGGAGAGCUGCUCAGGCCGCAAAACCUCACUAACAAACACCUCAACGUCCCCCGGUAAGUGUCACUGUAGCCUUGUUGGGAAGGUGGCGUUUGUUUUCAUGGUUUUUGCUUGUGUAUUUGUUCUUUAUUGUCAUUAUAUUGGCACGCAGUGAUGGAACAGAAAUCGAGCCGUGCCACUUAAAACACAGAUUUACACUGCAUUACCUGUAAUGUCCUGAAAUGUAGUUUUAGCUAUGAUCAGUGUAGUGGCACUUUACCAAAACUUUAAGCUGCUGCUGUGCUGCUCCCAGGUCAGCGCGCCUCCCGGUGAACAAGCGUCGCAAACCUGCUAUAAAUAGGCCGGAGGUGGUGGCUCACAGAAAAUUAUUUGUUAUUAUCUGUCCAUUCGUUUUAGAGACAAAAAAACAAAAAACAACAAAAACAAACGACAACAAUGGACACCGUUAAUUGUAGGGUGCGGAUAAGUGCCCUACACAGUUGUGACCUUCAUUCAUUCAUUGACAUCAAAUAUUUAAAUGCAAAUUAGCCGGUGACUCACAGCCGGCAAAGCUGUUCCAUAAAUACGGACACAAACCAUCCUGUUGUCCUCGCAGGGCUUGACAGAGGUGAUCCUGCUGAGCGGGAGAGAAGAAGGAGACAAGAGACGCUUCUGGGGGGGAAAGAGAGUGAAAUCGUAUGAUGUCCGUUGUUGGCGCGCAGCCUUUCAUCAAACCAAUGCAGCCAACACCUUCUGUUUCGCCCGGGAUCCAGCGGAGGCACACACUUCCCGCAAGCGAGGUCCGACCGCUCAACACGCAAGAUGCCAUAAGCGUCUUUGAAAUCGAGCGAGAAGCAUUUAUCUCAGUGUCAGGUGAGUGUCCCCUCCACCUGGAUGAGGUGCGUCAUUUCCUCACACUGUGUCCAGAGCUGUCCAUGGGCUGGUUUGAGGAGGGCCGGCUGGUGGCUUUUAUCAUCGGCUCUCUCUGGGACCAGGACCGACUCACUACAGACGCACUGACUCUCCACAAGCCCCGCGGCUCCACCGUCCACAUCCACAUCCUCGCUGUCCAUCGCACCUUCAGGCAGCAGGGCAAAGGUCCCAUUCUGAUGUGGCGCUACCUGCAGUAUCUCCGCUGCCUGCCCAAUGUGCGCCGAGCAGUGCUGAUGUGCGAAGACUUCCUCAUUCCCUUCUACCGCAAGUCAGGCUUCAAGGUGCUGGGGCGCUGUGGCAUCACCGUGGCCAACCUGACAUUCACGGAGAUGUGGUACCCCAUCAGUGGCCACGCGUACAUGCGGCGCAACAGUGAAGCGAUCCGUUUCCCUCAGAAUCCCUUGACUCUGCCACUGACAAAGACUGAUGAACAAGUUGAUGUAUGACAUGGUGAUUAUUAUUAUUAUUUUUUGUCACUGAGAUGAGAUAUCUGCACAGGUUGUCUUUGAUUUAAAGUCAGUGUUGUGCUCUUUGUAGGACAUGUCAGGGUUUCAGUUUUCAGUGGCUGCUUACUCUGUUUUGCUGGACUUUUUUCUUCUAAUCUCAUGCUGAAGCUCGUCAGUCUAUCCUGUGUGAAAGUAUCUUAUUGUGUACAAUAAAAACAAGAAUGUACUAUA